GGGGUGGCGGCCGCCGCCAUUUUGGUAACGAGACUUUCUGAAGGAGUGAGGACGGUGCUGCUCACACCCGCCACCUCCAGGAAGGUAAUCAUGUCAAAUUCUCUUAGCUCCUUCCUCGUUCGAAGCUCAAGUCAAGCAGCAGUACCAUUUGAAGGGGAGACAUCAUGUUCACCAUUGUCUGCAGGAGCUUUUUUGACUGGGUUAACAACUAGCCCACAUGUAUCUAAUUCCUUCCUUACAGCAACAUCACAAACUUCUGAUUCAGCAUUUCUGACUAGUCAAGCAGGAACCUCAAAAACAUUUCUCAGCCUUUCUGAAUCCUCAGAAACAGCUGAAACAUUUCUUUCAAGUACAGAGGGAGAUGUAAGCACUGCUGAAGAGGUGCUCUUGAGCAGAAAUGUAGGUGAAUAUGAAGAGGUAGCACAGGGUCCAAUGCUAUACUUGGUUCCUGCUACUGGUCUUCAUGUAUUAGUUCACCAUCUGCCUCACUCCACACAAGAGUCUACAGGGCCUCAGUUACCAGGAGAUGACAGUUCUCAGGAACAGUUUGUGGUUGUGGGAGCACUGCAGUCUGAAGAAGAGCAAGUUAUAAUGGAAGGGUCCCUCACUGAACAUCCCCCAGGAAACACUUCUCAUAUAUCUGUUGAUACAGCAUCCUUGAUUACCAACAAGUUGAUGAAUAAGACAUUUGCAAGGGCAGACACUGAGUAUCCUAGAGAGACUGAGAGGAAACCAAAGAAGGGAAGCUAUAGUCAUCGCUAUUCUCAAGGAGUGCAGACCGCAUACCCUCUUCAACCAGGCAUGCUUAUUGGUCAUCGAAAGUCUCGCACAUACAAUCAAGAAGAGAUAGAAGAAAAUAAAUCAGAUAAUACCGAAAAUCGUAAGCGUCGUGUUCGAGCUCCAAAAAAUCUCCAGGAGCAGUAUUGGCUUCAUAAGCAGAAACCCAAACCAGUAUUCUCAAAGGAGGUUGAAAGAACUUUCAAUGACAGGACAGUUAUGUCUUGGACAAUUGUGUCCCAGGCAAAUGCAUCACAGUUAUUGGUGUCCUUGGACAUUGGUGUCCCAAUAUAUUGGUCGAUGUGUCAGUUGCACCUGUGGAAGGCCCAUGGAAUAGAUAUAGACCUUUUCACAUGUGGAAUUUGUCAAACAUAUAAGACAUGUACACAGCAGAGACUUGUAAUUCACCAGAAAACUCAUUCAGAUACUCGAGACCAUAUUUGUAAGGUCUGUGGAAAAGGCUUUAGACAACUGGCACAACUCCUAAACCAUCAAGUUCUACAUAUAACCAAUGCCAAGAAUCUUCCUUCCUGGGCACAAAAGGGGUACUGUAAUGAAUGUAAAAGAUGGUUUUGGGAUAAGAAGUCUUUAAAAAUUCAUAUUAGUGCAGUACAUUUGAAAUUGAAACCUCAUGCCUGUCCUCACUGCUCAUAUAGAUGUUCAAGAAAGUUUGACCUAAAAGUUCAUCAAAGGGUGUUUAACUUCAACCGCAAAUCUCCUUUAAGAACCCUCGACAAUUGUGUGGCAGCAGUGUAA